GACUCUGGACACACACUCACCAUAAUCCUAGAAACACACACAAGCUCAUUUCAGUUGAAUCUGCCAAGAUGCCUUGUAUCAGCGAUCAUCACGACCUGAUGGUGAAGACGCCGCGCAGCUACAGUGAUGUGGUUGAAAAAAUCCUCAUGGUGGAGCAGAUUCUGUCGGAGUUGAGGCUGAAUAAAGAAGAACUUAAAGAAGUGAUGAAGAGGAUGCAGCGAGAGAUGAACAGAGGUCUGCGGUUAGAGACCCACGAAGAGGCCAGUGUCAAAAUGCUUCCGACCUAUGUCUGCUCCACCCCUGAGGGGUCAGAGGUGGGUGAUUUCUUGGCUCUGGACCUGGGGGGCACAAACUUCCGUGUGAUGCUUGUAAAAGUGGGAGAAGAUGAGGAGAGGGGUUUUAAGGUGGAGACCAAGAAUCAAAUGUACUCCAUCCCUGAAGAUGCCAUGACAGGGACGGCUGAAAUGUUGUUUGACUACAUCGCGGAGUGUAUGUCAGAUUUUUUGGACAAACACCACAUCAAGCACAAGAAGCUCCCUCUGGGUUUCACCUUCUCGUUUCCUGUACGACAUGAGGACAUUGACAAGGGAAUCCUGCUCAACUGGACCAAAGGUUUCAAGGCCUCUGGGGCAGAAGGGAACAAUGUGGUUGGAUUACUCCGAGAUGCUAUCAAGAGAAGAGGGGACUUUGAGAUGGAUGUGGUUGCCAUGGUGAAUGACACAGUAGCCACCAUGAUUUCCUGUUAUUAUGAGGACCGCAGCUGUGAAGUCGGGAUGAUUGUCGGCACUGGCUGUAACGCGUGCUACAUGGAGGAGAUGAGGACCGUGGAGCUGGUGGAAGGGGAGGAGGGCCACAUGUGUGUGAACACAGAGUGGGGGGCGUUCGGGGACCACGGGGAGCUGGAGGAGUUCAGACUGGAGUACGACCGAGUGGUGGACGAGGCCUCCAUUAACCCCGGACACCAGCUAUACGAGAAGCUGAUCAGUGGGAAGUACAUGGGGGAGCUGGUGAGGCUCGUCAUCAUGAAGCUGGUGAACGAGGACCUGCUGUUCAACGGCGAAGCCUCAGAGCAGCUCAAGACACGCGGCAGCUUCGAGACACGCUUCGUCUCACAGGUCGAGAGCGACUAUGGGGACAGAAAACAAAUCUACAACAUCCUGUCGUCUCUGGGCGUUCUUCCCUCCGAGCUGGACUGUGACAUCGUGCGACUGGUCUGUGAGAGCGUCUCCACGCGCUCUGCUCACAUGUGUGCAGCAGGACUUGCUGGUGUGAUCAAUCUAAUGAGGGAGCGACGCAGCCAGGAACCUCUGAAGAUCACAGUCGGCGUGGACGGAUCGGUCUACAAGCUGCACCCGUGUUUCCGUGACAGAUUUCACAAAGUUGUCAGGGAGCUCACUCCUCACUGCGAGAUCACCUUCAUCCAGUCGGAGGAGGGCAGCGGUCGCGGAGCAGCUCUCAUCUCAGCGGUGGCCUGUAAGAUGUGUGUGCUGUCGCACUAACCAGAGCUGCCGGAGAAAGCUUGAACUCUGAUCGGAAGACGCUGACGAAUUCCAUCUACAGGCCGCAAGAUGUUUUUGGAACAGAUUGAGAAAUCUUCGCCGGAAGAUUUAAGGACAAGAAAGCAUCAAAAUAACUUGUAUUCGUAGUUAUUAGACCGACCUGUAGCAGUUUCAUUGUCUCUGAACAUAAAGGAAUUGUUUACUGUUGCAUCCAAAACAUUUGGAGGCCUUAUAAGUCACUUAGAAGAUGCUCCAGAUGUGUCACUGCCAGUUAGAGCUUAUAUUAAUGACAGUAUUAAUAAAACAAGAGCAAACUGGUUAAUGUACAACACAGGAAUUUUGUAAAUAAUGUAAAUUAUUGCAAAAUCAAAUUUAUGUCUUUUAUUGUGGAAUUAUUUGUGCAAAUUAUUUCAUUGUCUUUGUAUAUUUAAAAUGUAUGUUUACAACUCAUUUACUACAUUAAUAUGUACUGUGUAGUUUUUUUUUCUUAUGUGUUUGAGAUGUGGCUUGGAUGUGAAUAAGAGUAGCUGUAAAUAAAACGGCUCAAUUCAAAUAGUG